AUGUGUUUUGGUAAAGAAAGUAAAGAAAGAAAAGGGUAAGAGAAGUGAAAAGGAAAGAAGAUGAGGUGGAGCAGUCAUCAACCCCAAGUCGGAGUGGAGUCGUUGUUUUGGUAAAGCCUAUUAAUAACCGAUAAGUCCUUCCCAGCACGCUUCUCUGUCUGCCUGUCUGUCUGUCUCUCCCCGAUCCAGGAAACCUCGCUCACAGCUGUAGCCACCGACUUCUCCAAGUGCCGACAAAAGCAUUCUCUUCAUUUAUUGUUCAUCCAUUAAUUAUCCAGAUCCAACUCGUUGUUCUAACUCAGUAUCCAGUUGAUCAGAUCACUGAGUCAAUAAGCGAUUUCAUUCAAUGGCCCUCCCGGUGGGGGUAUGUUAGAGCCACCGGUGGAGGCUAGGGUUUUGGUUCUGCUCAUUAGCCAUGUCUUCGACGACCUCUCCGAGUCCGCCGACGAGCUGGCGCGAGGGAAUGUCCUCUGACAACAUCAAGGGCCUCGUUCUUGCUCUCUCGUCCAGCGUCUUCAUCGGCGCCAGCUUCAUUGUCAAGAAGAAGGGCUUGAAGAAGGCCGGCGCUUCUGGAGUCCGAGCAGGUGUUGGAGGCUAUUCUUACUUAUAUGAGCCGCUUUGGUGGGUCGGCAUGAUAACAAUGAUUGUCGGGGAAGUUGCUAAUUUUGCGGCUUAUGCAUUUGCGCCAGCUAUUCUGGUCACUCCUCUUGGGGCUCUCAGCAUUAUCAUCAGUGCUGCACUUGCACAUGUUAUCUUACAGGAGAAGCUACAUAUUUUUGGAAUUCUUGGUUGUGUUCUGUGUGUUGUGGGCUCUACUACAAUUGUUCUACAUGCUCCUCAAGAGUGUGAGAUUGAAUCCGUGACAGAAGUUUGGGAUCUUGCUAUGGAGCCAGCUUUUCUCAUGUAUGCAGCUUUGGUCAUAACGGCUGCAUUUAUUCUUAUAUUCUGUUUUAUCCCCGAGUAUGGCCAGACACACAUAAUGGUUUAUAUUGGAGUUUGUUCCCUUGUAGGUUCUCUGUCGGUCAUGAGUGUCAAAGCACUUGGAAUUGCUCUGAAGUUGACAUUGUCGGGAAUGAAUCAACUAAUUUAUCCACAAACUUGGUUAUUCACUUUCGUUGUAAUUACUUGUGUUCUUACCCAAAUGAACUAUUUGAACAAGGCACUCGAUACUUUUAACACGGCUGUGGUGUCUCCCAUAUACUAUGUCAUGUUCACAUCACUUACUAUUUUGGCUAGUGUGAUCAUGUUUAAGGACUGGGAUAGGCAAAGUCCAACCCAGGUAGUCACAGAAAUGUGUGGGUUUGUGACUAUCCUUUCAGGAACUUUUCUUCUUCACAAAACAAAGGAUAUGGCAGAUGGUUUGUCAACGGCUCUAUGUAUGCGACUUUCUAAACACUCGGAAGACGAUAUCCUUAAUGGUGGUGAAGGCAUCCCUCUUAGGCGGCAGGAAUCUUUUAGAUGACCAUGAUGUAUGCAUUCCUCCAGUCGCUUAAAGAAGAAGAAAAAAAAGCAUGCAUGCUUUUUCUUCUUGGGCAUGGAAGUUGUUGAUGCAACCUGUAUUUUAUGCAGCUAUCAUUCAUCCGAAUCGUGUUCUUCGAUAGAAAGAGAGAGAGAGAGAGAGAGAGAGGAAGGUGAGAUUUUAAAUUUUCUUCUCUGCUUUUCUCUUCGGCUUCACAGUACCUAUGCUUUCAGCUGUUUCAUUGUAUUCGAUUAUCCCAAACUCCAUACGAAAGGCAACGUAAUUUUGUGCACAUUUGUUUAUAGUGUAUCCUAGUUAUAUUUUUU